AUGCCAUCUACAAAAUAUAACCACUAUAUUUUGGUAAGAUUAUUUGACAACUAUAAAAUAAUAAUAAAAGAAGAUUUCAAAGAUUACAAAAAAUGUGAAGAAGAGAAUCCAUGCAAAAAUGAUGAUCCAUGUGAAUAUAAGGAACUGUGCGAAAAUGAUGAAGAUAGUGAAAGAGUUCAAUCCUGUGAACACUAUAUUAAGGAAUAUGUGAAGAAUUUUAAUUUUGACUUAAGUAGUACAUGUCGAACAGUUACACAUUAUUUACAAAAUCAAAAAAGUACAAACGAAAUUAACACUUAUGUUGGCUGUAUGUAUUUAUAUUAUUGGUUAUAUAAUGAUCUCCUUCAUAAGAAUAAAAAUAGUGUAUAUAUUAAAAAUCUUUAUGAUGCAUUCAUCAACGCAUUUAAUAGGAAUACCGUGACUCCUAUAUGCAGUGAUUUUAAUAUGCAUCUCACACAAGAAGUAUUGGAAAAUCUGAAAGAUAUAUAUGAAAUCAAUACUAAGCUUUAUAAUUUUAUAAAUGGAAGAGGUGAAUGUUCAGGAGACAGAAAGUGUAAAUGCGGUGAAGAAUGCGCGAAUACAUAUAUGAGACAUCAAAAAAACUGUCAAUCAAAUCAGUACCCAGAUUUUUGCAAUGCAUUAAAAAAUAUUAGACAACAAUAUAAUGAAGAAAUGGAAAAGGAAAAAUGCAAUAAUAUUGAAUACCAAAUUUUACCAAUUUUCCAAGCAAAGAAUAUAAGAGUUUCUCCUUUAAUUCCAAUUGUUAUAAUAUUAGUAAUAUCUAUUUUUUUAUUUAAUAUAUAUAAGUUUACAACAUUUGGUUCAUACUUUCGCCGUAUUAUAAAAAGGAAAAGGAAUAAAUGGAAUAAUAUAGUUGAAGAAUACAAUAUGUUCCAAAAUUAUGAAACUAUGAACAGCAUUCCAAAGAAUAGUAUAUAUAAUAUAAAAUACAGUUCUGUCUAA